AUGCGCAUUUCUCUGAGGAUUUCCGUCGUCCUAUGGGCAAUUGCCCUACCGCAAGUCGCCGCCGCGUCGCCGAACGACACCAACAUUCACCCGGUCCCUAAGAUCGUUCACCACAUCUUCCACAACUGGCGCGAACCUGGAUAUAACGAGCUGCCGUUGGAAUGGGCCACUAUACGUAAGGGAUGUCGGGAUUUGAACCCGGAUUUUGAGUUCAAGCUCUGGACCGAAAAAGCGUCGCGGGACUUCAUCGGAUCCGAAUACCCUUGGUUCCUAAACACCUACGACGGCUACCGAUACCCGGUGCAGCGGGUUGAUGCCGUCAGGUAUUUCCUGAUGCUGCAUUAUGGCGGCAUCUACAUGGACCUGGACAAUGGUUGCAAAGCCAACCUCACUCCGCUACUCUCCUACCCGGUCUGGGUUACAGAUGGUGGGCGCGGCGCUCUAAGCAACAACAUCCUUGGCGCUCGACCGAACCAUCCGUCUUGGCACCACCUGACCCUCUCCCUGCUCCGAUACAAUUGGAACUGGCCCUUGCCGUACGUUACCAUCAUGUACUCGAGCGGCCAGUGGUUUCUCACGGCCAUAUGGGAGGAGUACCACGCCCUGCUUCCCAAGGCCGAAGCCAACCCGGAUCUAGAGCAUCGCCUUUACCACAUCAUGAUGGACGAGGCCGCCGGCGCCGACCCCUGGGUGUUCUUCUACCACCAGGACGGCGGUGGCGGGACCUGGAACAACUGGGACAAUAAGCUGAUGAUGGGCAUUGGCGAUCACAUAUUCUUGUUCUUGGCGACUCUGGUCGGUGGCAUUGCGCUGGUGGUUUGGCUUGGCUUGCGGUGUAUCCGCAGGUACCGCAAGCCAAGGGGAGGCUAUACCCGGUUGACGAAUCGUCCUGCCGGCGUGGUGUAG